CAUUUGGUUAGUUUGCAAGUAUACCACUACCUUCACUGCAUUAACGCACUACGCCGCGCAGCAUACCAACAUGUUUACGGGGCUCCGACAAAGGAACAUCUAAAUCACCUCGACCAUUGCAUUGACAUGUUACGACAGGCUGCUCAAUGUCAAUCUGACCUGACACCUAUGUUAUAUUUCAACCCCGAGAAUGACCCAAACACUAUGCUCAUUAAGUCACACCAACACUCUUGUCGCCGGUUUGAUUUAGUAAAUGAAUGGGCGAUGGCUCGGUCUCAGUGCAAAGGGAAUACUACUUGUGCCAUCGAAGUAGGGAAGCAAGUAGGCGGCGAGAUGUAA